AUAUUUCAGAGUGGGAGAUGUUACAUUUCUGAACUUUGGAUUCUUUUCAGGUGAACAAGAUAUUCAUACUGCAGUGAAGUACAGUCGAAACUGUCCAAGACGGCCACUCAAUGUGGAGGAGGAAAGUGGUUGUCUUGGACAGGUAGACGCAUUGGAUAGUGCCAUUCUAAUACAAAAAAACCACAAGACUGGAAGCGGGAUGUGGCUAUUUGGACAGGUUGCCGAAAGAGCUGCAGAUUCGUCAGUUUUUCGCAAUGGAAUAAUAUGUUAUAUUUCCUGACGUUGGAUUCCAUCUCCAGAUGAACAAGUUAUUCAUACUGCAGUGAAUUGCAAUAAAAUUAUAUUAUCGUUGUUGAACAACAGUGAGUGAUACUGCAGAGUCUGCAAUGAAUUAUAGUGUCAUUGUUGAACAGUGAGUGAUAUUGCAGAGAGCUCUAAGGAUUACUUAGACCCCGUGGACAAACGGAAACGAGAGUCGAGCGGAGUUGCGUGUUCGUUUGCUUGCAUGUUUGUUUGUUUGUUUGUUUGUUUGUUUGCUUUCCCAUCGAUGUGACAAUAGUGACUUUCAGAAAAGAAACUAGGGUCGAUCCGGAUUUGUGCCUUUGUUUAUGUUUGCCAUCCCAACGAUUUGACUCAAGUGACUUUCAACAAGGAAACGAGGGCCGAUCCGGAGUUGUGUGUUAGCUCGUUAGUUUAUUUGUCUUGAGACUCUAGUGACUUUCAGAGAGGAAACAAGAGUCGAUUCGGAGUUGGGUGUUAGUUUGGUUGUUUGUUUCUUUGCUUCCCCAACUAAGAGACUGUAGUGACUUUCAAAAAGGAAACAAGAAGUUGUGCAUUUGUUUGUUAGUUUGAUAGUUUUUCCCUUCGGCAAGAAUCCAGCCAGCGACUCUGAGAAUGGACGAGGUGGAGAAGCGCGUGUUGAGCCAGAUGAGAUCCCGACUGGUCAAGGAGGUGGUGGUCACCGAGAGCUUCCUCAGCGCCUUCUGUGACUGCAACGUCCUGGACGACCAGAUGACCAGGCUGCUUAAGACGGAGCGUGACUACGAACAGCGCGCGUGCCGCCUCCUGGAGUUGCUCCCCGGCCGCGGCAACAAGGCCUUCUACACGCUGAUGGAGAUCCUGGAGGUGACCAACCCCUGGCUCACCGAGAAGAUCAAGGCGGCGCUGCACGAGGAGAGGAACAGGGACUCCAAGAUCAACAUACACCCCUCUCUUACCCCGACACCCGUGCGAGUUCCAGUCGACGAAAGAGAGCCAGACAGACACGACCAACAUGGACCUGCGGGAGAUGUACGAGGAGAUGAUCAUCUACCUGCACGGCGUGGACUAUGUGGAGAUCAGUGCAGACUUCAGCUUUGAUCUCUUCCAGACACAGGUCAAAGAACUUCUGACCCGGACCCGUAAGAUGGACGUGCUGUUUCUGAACUGUCUAGACAAGUUUGACGACUGCGACAAGUACUCUAUGGGCCUGCCAGAGCUUAUAGAGAGACAUGUGACCCAUGAGAGGGACAGGAUGAGGAAUGCCAUGGAGGAUGAUAGGAAGCUACGUCAGAAGGCGGUAGAGGAGAGAGAACAGGCCAAACGACAGGUCAAACGUCUGGAAGACGAGCUGGAGAGACUGGUGCAGAAACAGUCGCAGCUGGUGAAACCACAGGAGAUACAGCUCACGCAUAAACACAAUGUCGGACUCAGAUACUCUCUCAUAGUACCUGAGCAGACUCAUCGCAACGACGUCCCUUUCCGAUCAACAACCGCGGCUAAAGCGGAUUCGAACCCCACACCACCAGACUCCACCCAAAACAGCGCACCGCCCACACCCCCAGUGGUCACCAGUACCUCUAUCAACGUGGUCUACACGGAACCCACACCGAAAAGGGCGGAGUCUCUAACCAACGUAGCCCCACCCCCGGCGCCCAAGAUCCGACGUCACGCCAGCGAGGAGAGUCUAAAAAUAGCGCUGAGCAAAGAGGACGCGGAAACCACGAGCGUGUCACAGCUCAACGGUGUAGGGUGCGGAGCCUCACAGCAAUACCUUAUGAAUAUGCAUAGAGCCCGAGGGAAGGCUUUUCAGGACAGUAACCACAACAACAACGCCAAACAACAACCACCAUCAUCACAAAGUAACCACCCCAGCCAACAACAACGCACGCAACAGCAUCCUCAGCAAAACCAUCAACAACAGCAACAACAACAACCAGUGACAAAACAGCAAUCCUUACAGCGUCAAAGCCGAGCCGACCUCCAGAACAAAAUGGCGCGGAUGUUAGCCACGUCCACGUCCGUGUCUUCCUCAAAGAGCAAACAACCAACCACCUCCUCCACCAACUCCUCCUCCUCAACAACAUUCUCCUCCUCCUACACUAGCACCUCCUCCUCGUCACGACCGACGAAACGUUCCGAGUCGGAGAAGGCGGUGCCUACACACGGGGGCGGGGCUUCCUCCUACAGCAACCAAUGGCGGUGCAACGACCCCGCCCAGAUGUUCCGAGGAAACCCGAGUCUCCAGGCGAGCUACGAGAACAUCGCCGCGGCCUCCAGGAGAGCAGGGGGAGGAGAGAGGGUGGUCUACGGCUCGCUGGACACGCCCAACAUCGUCGUGACCCCGUCCGGAAAGGGCAAAGGUCACAGUGAUGGGUAUGGGGAUCGGGAGCAGCAGCAGCAGUCACACGGGAUUGGGCAUUCGUUCAAGAACCAGCAUCAUCACAACAACCAACCACAUCAAAAAGAGUACGACCCGGUAUACCAGUCGCCUAUUGCGAGGUCCGCCCCAACCCAGCAACGUCCUAGCAACCACCACAACAACGGUAACAACAGCAACAAGCAUCACAAUAACAACAACAACAACCACCACCACCACAGCCACCACAGCCCCCACUACCAACAAAAUCCGAAGCAAGCUUACCCCGACUACCAUCACAACCACAACAGCAACACCAACAGCAACAACAACCAUCAUCACCACGACGGUAGUAAAAGCCAACACAAUUUCUUCUACCCGGACGAAUACAACCAAGCCAACAACCACCACAACCAACAACGACACAUCAACCACGACUACUACAACUAUCAAAACCACGCACCACAAACAGCAGGGGCAGAAGAAGACAUUAAACCACCACCACCCCCACCCCCAGCACGAUCCACCUCUCGAGAAAAGAACCCCCGCCAUCCCCACAAACCGACCCCCGCCCACCAACGUAGCGUCAGCUCAGACCGCACGCCACAGGGAUACUACUACCCACAGGAGGAUCCGAACGAGGGGACGUCCACACACCACUCAGGCUGGCGCUCUUCUCACUCCAUCACCACCACGGGAGGGGGAGGAGGAGGAGGAGGA